CAGCCCCCUCCUCCUGCCGCAGACGGCCCCUCCCCGCCAUCCGCCGCGCAAAAUGGCGGCCGGAGCCGGGCCCAUCGGAGGAGGUGGGUGCGGCGGCCUCUCGUCGUUCUCCUCAGCGCCGUCGCCCCCUCAGGCCGGCAACGGGCCGCCUCCGCACCCCCCUUCGCCUCUUCCUCCCUCGGCCGCCGCCGCCGCCGCCCCGCCGCCGCCUCACUCCAACAGCGGCGGGCCUCUCCUGCUCUCCCCGCCUCAGGCCGCGCCGCCGCCGCCAACCGCUUCUCCUCAGGCCGCCUCCUCCUCCUCCUCUUCCUCCGGGCCCACUCACAACCACGGAGCAAGCGGCGGCGGCGGAGGAGGAGGAGGAGGAGGAGGAGGAGGGGGGAACCCGCUGCCGGUAGUGGCGGCGGCGGCGGCGGCGGCGGCUUCUUCUCCCGCCUCGGGCCCAUCCGCCGCCGCCGCCGCCGCCGCCGCGUCUCCGGGCCCGCGGGAGCCGGCCUACAACUGGCAGGCGACGAAGCCGACGGUGCAGGAGCGCUUCGCCUUCCUCUUCAACAACGAGGUGCUGAGCGACGUCCACUUCUUGGUGGGCAAAGGCCGCGCCGGCGCCCAGCGCAUCCCCGCCCACAGGUUCGUGCUGGCUGUAGGCAGUGCGGUCUUUGAUGCCAUGUUCAAUGGCGGGAUGGCUACGACGUCCACAGAGAUAGAGCUACCUGACGUAGAACCGGCUGCUUUCCUUGCCUUGUUGAAGUUUCUUUAUUCAGAUGAAGUUCAGAUUGGGCCAGAGACCGUAAUGACAACUCUUUACACUGCAAAAAAGUAUGCGGUCCCCGCCCUCGAAGCGCACUGUGUGGAAUUCCUGAAGAAAAACCUUAGAGCAGAUAACGCCUUCAUGCUGCUAACGCAGGCUAGACUCUUCGACGAGCCCCAACUCGCGAGCCUUUGCUUGGAGAACAUAGAUAAGAACACGUCUGACGCCAUCAAUGCAGAAGGCUUCACGGAUAUCGACCUGGACACGUUGGUGGCCGUGCUGGAACGGGACACCCUCGGCAUCCGGGAGGUGCGGCUCUUCAACGCGGUGGUGCGGUGGUCGGAGGCGGAGUGCCAGCGGCAGCAGCUGCAUGUGGUCCCGGAGAACAAGCGAAAAGCCCUGGGCAAAGCCCUGUCGCUCAUUCGCUUCCCCUUGAUGACGAUCGAGGAGUUUGCUGCAGGGCCGGCUCAGUCGGGCAUCCUCACCGACCGUGAAGUGGUCAGCCUGUUCCUCCACUUCACCGUCAACCCCAAGCCGCGGGUCGAGUUCAUCGACCGGCCCCGCUGCUGCCUGAGGGGGAAAGAGUGCAGCAUCAACCGCUUCCAGCAGGUGGAGAGCCGUUGGGGGUACAGCGGGACCAGCGACCGGAUCAGGUUCUCCGUCAACAAGAGGAUAUUUAUAGUUGGAUUUGGGUUGUAUGGCUCGAUCCAUGGCCCGACAGAUUACCAAGUAAAUAUACAGAUCAUUCACACCGACAGCAACACUGUCCUGGGUCAGAACGACACUGGAUUCAGCUGUGACGGAUCCUCCAGCACGUUCCGGGUCAUGUUCAAGGAGCCUGUCGAGAUCCUGCCCACUGUCAGCUAUACAGCCUGUGCAACGUUGAAGGGCCCCGAUUCUCACUACGGAACCAAAGGGCUUCGCAAAGUAAUCCACGAGUCGCCGACCACGGGCGCCAAGACCUGCUUCACUUUCUGCUAUGCGGCGGGCAACAACAACGGCACCUCCGUGGAGGACGGACAGAUCCCAGAGAUCAUCUUCUACACAUAGUUGGCCGCUGCCGGGAAUCUGCCGCCGGACGGCUGCGGCUGCUUCUUCUCCCGCCCCCUUUCAUGUGCCCUGUUCAAGCUGAAAUCGCCGGCUUGCGUACUGCCAUACCAACGGGAGGGGCGCUGGCCGGAGGGACUCUAAUUGGGCAGGUGAUCCGAGAGGGUGCUCCUGCGGCCGGCAGGGGAGGUCACGGGCGGGACGUUGGCCGGGUUGGCUGGCAGUCUCUCCCCAUUCGUGCUGGCAGCCCAGCUCAAAUGGUCCUUUCAUUGCACUGAAUGUAGCCGCUUUUACAUCCAGCCAUUCCUCAGGUGGGCUCACCGAAAAGAACCCCCCUGCGCGCCGCGGUCGGGACGUGGGUGGGUGGGGCGAAGACGGCUUCGAUGGCUUUCAUUUGGCUGAUCUCGCCGAGGUGUACGCGAAAAGCACUUGCCCCCUUCCGUGUGCUCAGCAGAGUUUCUGGCUCGGACAGAAGACUUAACAGCAGCCUUCCCAACCUGGCGCUCUCCAGAUGGGUUGGACCGCAACUCCCCUAAUUCCCAUCCAGCGUGGGAGAAGCUGAGAAUGACAAUGAUGGGAAUUGCAGUCCAGCAUUUCCAGAGGCCGUGAGGUUGAGGAAGCCUGGCUCAUACGCUUGGGAGGCGAUUCUGUACACUACCUUGCGUCGAGGACGGGUCCUUUGCAUGACAGGAGCAGUGUUCCAAGGCAAGCCUUGACGUUGAACUGAUGGGAGGUGGAGUUCAGGGGAAGCCGGUGAAUCAGUCCCUCGAGAGCCAAAUUCGCUUUGGCUGCCUUGCUUUUCCCGCAUGGGCGGAUUUGCCGAGGGCUGUGGUUGGGGCGGCGGGUUCCCUCGGAGCAGCCUGUAUCAAGCAAUCGUGCAAACUGUGCUGCUGUGGCAAGAGAAGCAACGGACAUCCCCGGACUCUGAUCCUCCGUGUGUUUGCUGCUGCUGCUAAUAUAGUGCAACUUAACAAUGCA